UAGGAAACAAAAGAAUACACUCUUGGACUCAAAUAUUAUUCCUCUCUAUUCUAACACAACUAACUACAGCCUGCCAUAUGCUAUAAAAUUUCAUUCUUUUAACUUUUAGGCCCCACCACACCAGGCAACUCCAUAGCCACCGUGAGUGUUCGCCACCAUCUCCUGCAAUCUGUCUGCUACCAGCACCAUACUCUUCCCUUAACUCAGCAUCGAUCCCCUGUAGUUUCCCCAUCUAGGGUUAUUGUGAAGUUUGAAGAAGAACAAAACCAAGAACAUGGAGAACUAUGAGCUUGUGAAGGAUAUAAGUGAGGGAUUUCACGGGGUGACAAGACUCAUGCGGCACAAAGAAACCAAACACCUUGUUGCAGUAAAAUACAUGCCAAGGGGUGACAAGAUUAAGGAGUAUGUUGAAAGGGAAAUUAUGAACCAUAGAAAUCUCUGCCAUCCGCAUAUUAUUGGGUUCAAGGAGGUAGUUUUAACUCCAACACAUAUUGCAAUAGUAUUGGAGUAUGCACCGGGAGGAGAUCUGUUUGACCAUAUUUGCAAUCGUGGACGAAUAUGUGAAGACGAAGCUCGAUAUUUCUUCCAACAGAUCAUUUCAGGAGUUAGCUAUUGUCACUACAAGGAAAUAUGUCAUCGAGACCUUAAACUGGAGAACAUUUUAGUGGAUGGCAUAAAGCUUAAAAUUUGUGAUUUUGGUCAUUCUAAGUCAUAUCUACUCCAUUCAAGGCCUAAAUCAAUGAUUGGAACUCCAAAGUACAUUGCACCUGAGGUUUUCUCUGGCAAAGAAUAUGAUGGAAAGCUAGCAGAUGUAUGGUCCUGUGGAGUGAUACUUUAUGUAAUGCUGGUGGGAGCAUUUCCAUUUGAUGACGAAGAGAAUAAUCAUAAUUUCAAGAAAAUUAUGAAUCGAAUUCUGGCUGUUCAAUACAAGAUCCCCAACUAUGUUCACAUAUCUCAAGACUGUAAAGAUCUAAUAUCUCGCAUUUUUGUGGCAAAUCCGGCAAAGAGAAUCACCAUCAAAGAAAUCAAGUCUCACCCAUGGUUUUUAAAGAACUUAGUUAAGGAAUUGAAAGAUGAGGCUCAAGCUGUCUAUUACAAAAAGGAAAACUCAAUCUCUUAUAAACAAAGUACAAGGGACAUCAGGAAUAUUGUUAACAUGGCCAAGACUCUGCCUGCAACUUAUAGGCCAACUCCAAACAAUGUCAAACCAUUGCCUGCAACUUCAAACAAUGUCAAACCUGUGCCUGCAACUUCUGGUCCAGUUCUAUUGGAUUUGGGGAACCUUAGCUUGAGGUGUCGAAGAGGAAGAAGCCAUUAGGGAAGAAGCAGAUGAUGAGAUAAAUGAAAUCAUCUAUGACAAGAAAGAUUAGGAGACUCAGACAUCCCAUUCUGUACAGAUAGCUUAAAUAUGUCACUCUCUGUUUUUCUAAAAUUUUGUCAUGGCAAGUUUUCUACCUGCAAGUAUAAAAUACAACUAUCUUAAA